CCAGUGGUAGCUAUGGUGUGGUCGACCCCCCGUCCAACGCAGCUUCUUCGUCUUCUGCCUGCCUUGCUCCACCACCACACUGCGUCCGUUGUCGCUGCUUUACCCCUUUGCAACCCCCCCUCCCCACUGCACCGUUUCCUCUUUCUCUUGUAAUCAUACGCUUAAAUCCCAACCACCCCCUGUCAUGUCUUUGGCCUCUAGCGUUUCCUAUGUGGCCAUCUGAAAACCACAUUUCUCGUCUCUUCUCCGAUUUUGUGUAGAGGAGGUUUCUGCUUCUUUGCCUUCCUCGUGCGUGGUGGUGGUGUAGUGUGUUUCUUCUCUUUCAUCUGCGUUCAUGUCGGAGCCGUCUCUCACUCUCCUUGCGCCGUCCCUUGGAUCGUUACGUCCUGGAGGGACUGGGACUUUAUUGUAAGGAGUUGGGAAGGAAGGAGGGAGGGAGGGAAAGAGCGAGCGAUUUGUCUCGGGUGCUGGUGUUGUGCUUGUUGGUGGAGCUGAUCCGCUUUUCCAGGGAUGCCUUUGUUUUGAUGACGAGAGAAAUGAAGAAGACGCUCCUCUGCGGGGAGCUCCGUUGUGUACAUGGCCGUAAACUGGGGCAACUCUGUGCUUUGUUCGCUCCCAUGUGAGUGGCUCUCUGCUCGCUUCCGUAGCGGCAGGGUGGCACGUCUCACACGCGGCUUGUGCCCAAGAAUGAACGGAAAAUGAUGUGGAAUAGAAUGUGAAGUUGAGUUUGGGCGUUGGGCUCGAAGUUGCCCGUGUAGUUUUGGUAGAUUUGAAAUGACUGGGAGAUACACGACUUGGUACACUUGCAAGUUGGAAAGGAGGAAAUGCGUACCAGCUGCGUUUUGAAUAGAAAGCAGCCUUCACAGAAAAUUCCUUGAAUCGAUACACUUCAUUGAGCGUCCAUAUCGUGGUAAGCUAGCUGCUCCUACUAUCUUGGCGAACCUGCUAUGAGCCUGAUUUAUUUGCUUCGUGCUGCAAGAUGAAUCUAGUCAUGGCCGAGAAGGAUCAACCUGUGUUUCGAGACUUUUUAGGUCUUGGUCGAAUUGAUGACAUUAGUCAAGUGAAGUACCUUACCUCAGAGGCGAUCCCUGCAUCACGGACCAGCCCAGGUUUCGAGUCUGAAGGAGAUGGUGAGACUAACAACACUCAAACGUCAUCUGGAACUAGCGGUCGGUUCAAAACUAGUUCCACACCUAUGCACGUCUCCCCUCCAUUUUAUCCUACCAUCCCAAGUUCUUCUGAUCCUGGAUCAGUCGGCUGGCAGCGGAGCCAUGCAGCACUUCAGUAUCAUGGCAACAAGAGCGCUUUUUCUAAGUUGGAAGCUGAUACGAACAAGUUGCCCAGAAAAAGAGACUCGUCUACCAUUAGAGAUUCAUUACAAGAUCGCCUUGUAGAGGCUUUGGAGAGUUCUCGGCCGCAGAAGGCACCCCGCCAUGAACAUAGCAGACAAGAGAAGUUAAUCGAAUCUUGUGAUGCAUCUGGUGACGAUCUUCGUCUUUCCAUGCAACCUCCUCGGGCAUCGAGUAGAAGUCCUCCUUGGUUACAGCAGAGCACCAAACCUGAUGCUUCUCAACGGCAUUUGAAGAAGCAGCAACCUUACAGACCCUCCCAAAUCAAUACUGGUGUUGGCAUGCGAGGAAUCAGUCACCUGGGUGCUUGUGCGGAAAGAGCAGAAAAAACCGAGAGGUCACUACCUAUUCCAUCCCGAGAAAAUAAUGUAGUUGGCAAUCCUCAGUUGGAUCGACCAGCAGCUGAUGAAGGUUCGAGAACGGGACUCAAGAACUCUGUUUUGGCAGGGUUACUCGAUAACGCUGGUCUUCUUCACCAUGAUAGAAGUACCCCAAACCCCGCGGGAUCAAGUGGUUGUCCUCCCCUCGCGCCUCAGAAUCAAAAGACACCAAAUCACAACGGAGGUUCAGAAUCUAUGCUUCCAUCAAGUCGUCAAGCUCCCACUACAUCAAGUCGACAAUUGACUAUCUUUUACGGAGGGCAAGCCCAUGUAUUUGACGAUGUUCCCCCUGAUAAGGCGGACGCUAUCUUGACUCUAGCAGGCUCUAAUGGGAGAUCAUGGUCUACUACGUAUUCACCACGACCUGCGGCAAAGCCCACAAAUUCCAUGAGCGAGGGUUCCAUGUCAGCUGUUGAGAGAGAGAAAGAACACUCCGUUCAAAGUCUAGGAGGAAGCUUGACUCUCACAUCUGAGGUGCAAACUCUGUUGCGGGGCUUGAAGCAGUCUGGUCCUCUCACAGGUCGUUCUGCAUGAAUUUUAUUCCUCGUUUUGUUGUUGUCAACGCGAGAGCAGUGGUGGAUCCAGUUUCUGUGCAACUUCCUGGCCGCAGAUUCAUCGAUUUCUAGAUCUGUAAGGAAGCCUUUGCUUCCCCGAUUCUUGAGACCAUUCAAUCAGACGACUUUGAGAACACUACAGACACAGCACAUUAUUUUGUCUCUUUGUACCUAGUGUCGUUGAACAGUUUCCCCACUAAAACCCAAGUGAGUAAUCUGACUUAUAGUGUAGGUGGAUUAAUAGAAUCGACAACUCUUUGGAAUCUGUUGAGCUAGACACCAUCAUUUCCUUCAGCCACAACUUGCUUCCAAUGAGGAUGAAGUUGUGCUCCUUCUGCAGCAUUUUGGAUCUACCAAGCAUGAGAUUAUGGUCCUAUACAUAGGAGGAUUGACUGCAUGGGAGGGUGAAGCAGAUGAUAUUUCUUCGGGUUUGUGUAAAUGUCACUAGCUCUUCGUCUAGAUGAUAUGAAUUUGGACGGUUGAUACCAUUUUUCUUGUAAGCUUUUGAGGAUGUGCUGUUUUGGUGAUUGUA